AGUAGCAGACUUUUUUUUUUUUUUUUUUUGAGCACCAUUUUUGGCCUUCCCAAAGCCAUAUCUCCUCCCCAUUUCCUCCACUUUUUCCUCAAUUUCAACAGUUGUCCAGCUAAAAAGCCUAAAAACUCAACCCCUUGUUUAUAGUUUUCUCUGUGGAUUGGAUUUUUCUCUCAAUCUUAGGCGUUACCGAUUGCUGGUGGCCAAAUAAGAACCCUAAUCUCAAGAUUUGUUGAUUUUGAACCUCAAUUGUUCUCGUACAAAUCCUUUACCUGCGGAUAAUUAGAUUUCAUUUCAGCAAAUGCGGAGCUCCCCGCAACAGUGCCUGCUCUGAACACUGUUCUUAUCUGGAUUAUGGAAGGUAGUAUUCAUCAUUUUCCUGCCUUGUUAUGGUUCAGAAAAUCUGUCAAGUGGUUUGGUAGAAUCUUCUGGUUAAAAUCCACUUGAGUUUAAUCUGUUGAUCUGGUUUUAUUGUAAAAUAAAGGGGAAAACGAGAUAUACCACAAAAACUGCAUGUACAAUAACAUGACAAGUAUGCUAUUUGGAAAAGAAUUUGAGGGGUUGCAGGAUGAUACUUUAGAGGGAUCACUUGAUGAACACAAGAUAUUUACAGAGAUUUUUAUUGAACCUGAUAGUGGAGGCAGAAAGAAACGGUGUCUUGUUUCUGGUGUAAUCAAUUUUGAAGUCGACGGCACUCAGCAAACCGAUGGAACUUUCUGUUCAAAUAAUGCUAACUCACAAUUAACAAGACCAGAGGAUCCUUGUGAGCUUAAAGAGGAUUCUUGGGGAAAUCCUGGACAAGGACAUGGCUCCGAGGAUUUUACAUUUUCUGUGUGGAGUAACAAUGAUAUGAACUUUAAAAGAGCUAGGUUGUCAGGUGGUGACUUUGAUGCCAAACCAUCUUCGGGAGUGAUCUUGAAGGUAUCUGGUCCUUCAGAAGGAGGUGAUUCUGGAGUGUCGCAACCCACUUCUCUUGCUGUAACUUGUCAUUUGGUUGAAUCAUCUAGUCAGGGGGUGACAAGUUAUUCCUAUCUUCUGAAGCAUCAUCAGGCGGUAAAUGCAGGAGAUGUAAUUAGCGAAAAUGAAGCCUUAAAUUGUAAUUUAUCUAGCUUAGAUGGAAAUGAGGGAAAGGAUAUUGCUGUCAGUAAUGCCUUGGCUUCACCUGUUUUUCAAGAGAACUCUGCAACCAAAGUUUUGGCUGCCACUCCACCUGCCAUUGUUGCAAAUAAGUUAGGUCCUGGUCGGCCGGCAAAACCGAGGUGGAAAGACUCUUGCUUUUUGGAACUGGAUGAAGCUGAACUAUUGCUGCCUAGAAAUAAUAAAAAUGAUCCUCGCCCUCUCUUGAGGUACCAUAUCAGUUGCUUACUUAGGGCAGCGGGAUGGGUGAUUGGUAGGCGCAAAAGGAACAAUAAACACAAUUUGGUUGGAGAACAUGUUUACAAGUCCCCUGAAGGAAGACCAAUUCGUGAAUUUCACAGAGCUUGGAGCAUGUGUCGGGAAAGGUUAUUCUCUGAUGCAAAUAAUGUUAUGCGGGGAACUGACUAUAUACAGUGGACAGAUAUGACACAGUUCUGGUCCGAUCUUUCAAGUAUAACAUCAGCGAUUGAAAAGCAACUGGAUAAUUGGGAUAGUACUGCUGCAUUAGCUCAUUUGUGGUGUCUUCUGGAUCCCUUCGCCAAUGUGGUUUUCAUAAAGAAAAGCCUUCGUUUGUUCAAAGAAGGAAAAGCAGUUAAAGCAAGGAGGAAUGUAGUGAUUCAUCCAUUUGGAAAAUGUGAUUCUUUUUUCUGCUCGGAUGCCAUGCAGGGUUUAUUAUCUCAUGACUCUUAUUAUUCCGAGAAAAGUUGUAUGGAUAGUCUGAAGGCUGUCAGCGGAACUGCUACUAAAUCUAGGAGCAUUUCAGGCAAUGAAAGGAUCACUUUGCGUCAGAAUUCCUUGCAAGUUUGUGGGCCUGAUUGCUCAUGUGAACAGACUGGCAUAUGCUUAUUUGAUGUUCCAUUAAGUUCUGGAAAUGCAAAUAUGUCUCUUGGAGAACAUGAAACUGUUUCCCCUGGUCAAGAAAGUAAUAGGAGUUCAGUGACCUGUGACAAAGAAAGAUACGAGCAUAAUGAGGAUUUACCCGUGAGAGGUGCCAUAUCUAUGCAAAGAGUAAAGGAAGAGGAUCAGACUUUUGACGUACAAAUGAACCCAAUUGGGUGGAGUUGUGUUGGUGCUGAUUCAAAUUGCAGAACCUAUUCUUUGAAAGCUAAGAUAGGCGAUACUUCUUUUGCUGGAGCUGGAGUUCGAAGGAGGAAAACACCUAAGAAGUCCAGAAAGAUAUCUGAAAUGAAGCUGACUACGCCUUACAAAGGUGGGUUCAAAGAAAUAGAUGGAAAUGGCUUUAAGAUAGAUUCAGGUGCUAAGGAAUCUUACCUUGGGGAAAACAGUCUGGGACGUAGAUCAAGAAAGUCCAAAAAAUGUGGUCUUAAGGAUGAUGACCUAUUGAUCUCGGCAAUCAUAAAAAACAAAAGCUGCAAAUCUAGCCACAAAAGGUCUAUUUCCAAAACUAAACAUCUGAGGAAGCGGAAAAGCCAAAAGGGCAGUUGCAAGUUACUUGUGCGAAGUCUUAAUAGAGGUGGAAAACAUUUGAUGGAAGGAAAGUGGUCCCUCUAUAGUCAGAGAACAAUAUUGUCCUGGUUAAUUCAUUCAGGAGUUAUCUCUCGUAAGGAAGUGAUCCAGUAUCGCAAUCCAAAGGCUGAUGUUCUGGUAAAAGAUGGCUUUGUAACUUCUGAUGGGAUAUUGUGCAAGUGCUGUAAUAAGGUGCUUUCAAUCUCUGAGUUCAAGCGUCAUGCUGGUUUCACGCUUAACCGUCCUUGUUUAAAUCUUUUCAUGGAGUCCGGUAAGCCAUUUACUUUAUGUCAGCUUGAGGCUUGGUCAGCUGAAUACAAGGUGAGAAAAGGUGCCCCUCGAACUGUACAAGUUGAAGAGAUAGAUGAAAAUGAUGAUAGCUGUGGACGCUGUGGUGAUGGUGGUGAAUUAAUCUGCUGUGAUAAUUGUCCAUCUACAUUUCAUCAGGCAUGCUUGUAUGCUCAGGAACUACCUGAAGGAAAUUGGUAUUGCCCACAGUGCAUUUGUCAGAUCUGCACCGACUUAGUUGAUAUUAAAGAUUCAUCAAGAUGUCCUGGCACUCUCAAAUGCUUUCAGUGCGAGAACAGAUAUCAUGAGGCUUGCUUGCAAGGAAGGGGCACAAUAGUGGAAAUGGCUUCUGAUACUUGGUUUUGUAGUGAAACCUGUGAACAGAUCUAUUCAGGUCUUCAAUCUCGAAUUGGGAUGAUGAAUCUCCUUUCUGAGGGCUUUUGUUGGACACUUCUGAAGUGCAUUCAUGGUGAUCAGAAAGUUCAUUCUGCACAGCGCUUUGUUGCUUUAAAGGCUGAAUGCAACUCGAAAUUAGCUGUUGCCCUUACGAUCAUGGAGGAGUGCUUUCUUCCUAUGGUGGACCCUAGAACCGGCAUAGACAUGAUACCCCAAGUUGUAUACAACUGGGGAUCUCAAUUUGCACGUCUUAACUAUGAUGGUUUCUACACUGUGGUCUUGGAGAAGAAUGACAUAUUGAUGUCUAUAGCAUCAAUCAGGAUCCAUGGAGUAAUAGUUGCAGAGAUGCCACUUAUUGCAACAUGCAGCAAGUAUCGUCGCCAAGGCAUGUGCCGUCGCCUACUUAAUUCGAUUGAACUGAUGCUAAAAUCUCUCAAGGUCGAGAAGCUUGUGAUAUCUGCCAUUCCUGGUUUGGUUGAGACUUGGACAGAGGGUUUUGGCUUUAAACCCUUGGAAGAUUAUGAGAAAAAAGGUCUAAGCAAUAUUAACCUGAUGGUGUUUCCUGGCACCGUAUGGCUUAAGAAGUCUUUGUGUGAGAACGAGUCGGACCAAAAACCAGGACCGUCUGCUGCUUCAAUUGCAAGAGUAGACGAUCCAACUUCAUCAGGAGGAUGCUCCCAAGGAGGUUUCUCUCAGCAGCCUGGUCAACAAUGUGAUCAGUACCCUUUUGAAGUAGCCAAUGGCGUAGAAAAUUUUGGGUCUGCUGACCGUAUGAAAGAACUAACAGUUCAAAAUCAGGAAAAUGGAAGUUUGCGCCAUGAAGAAUCUCAGCAUGGAGAUUCUUUUCUAGUCAGUGAGCCUGCACAACACUCAGAUCAGGGUGAAUGCCAUGAAGAAGCUCAUCCCGGUGGAGAAAUUAGACCUGUUGACUCUGAUUUUCAAUUAACUGAAGGUCAGGAUUUUAGCUGUAUGGAUAAUCAUCAUCCUGCGAAGGUUUCCCUUGAUGAAACUGCUCCAUUGUUGGAAAAUGCCCAACUUCAUAUAGUUAGUUGUGUAGAAUCGCAGGAGAUGUAUGAUAGACAAAACAAUUUUGUUGAGAUUUAUAGUCUUGCAAAAUCAAUGUAGUAGUGGUCUAAUUGGAAAUGAGAUAUUCUUUUAUUCUUUAAUGUCAUUCGGAAAUGUGUUUGUCCGGAUCA